AUGAAUACUAACGAUGAUAUUCAACAGUCAUCGUCUACUUAUUCACAACAUUCAAAUGGUGAUAAUUUUGAUAAUUUGAAUGAAAAGUACCAACAACCUUCAGAAUCUGCUUCUGAUGAUGUCGAAAAGCUCAAGAAAGAAUAUGUUGGACAAGAAGAUUCUGAAAAGAUUAAAAGUAAUGAAAAACAAAGAUAUACUUUAAGAGAUUUAACAACAGCUAAAGCACCAAAUUUUCAACAAAAGGUUCAAACUUUGUUAUAUAAUAAAGGGUUGGGGUCAAUGCCAUUAUAUAUGAAAGAAAUCUAUUUGAAAAUCCCCAGAACUAUUUAUGUCAAUCAAGAUAUACCCGAUUCUAUGAAAGAUAAAACUGGUCAUCCUGCAUUUUCUUAUGCUAAGAACAAAAUUAGAACCACUAAGUACACUCCAUUAACAUUUAUACCUAAAAAUUUAGCAUUUCAAUUCAGAAAUGCCGCUAAUGCUUAUUUCUUGAUAUUAGUCAUCUUAGGGGCAUUUCAAAUUUUUGGGGUUUCAAGUCCGGGAUUAGCUGCUGUGCCUUUAAUUGUUAUUGUUGCCAUUACGGCUUUGAGAGAUGCUUUUGAAGAUUACAGAAGAGGUUCAUCUGAUUCAGCUUUGAAUAAUUCUCCUAUACAUUUGAUUCAAGGUCUUGACAAUAAGAAUGUUAUGAAAGAUUACGUUAGUAAUUGGAGAAAAUUCAAAAAGUUUCUGACUAGAACCACUAACAAGGUUGCAGGUGGAAUGAAGAAAGCAGCAAUAAUGAUGUUUGGAAAGAAAAAAGUCAAACAAGAUUUUAUUAGAAAUCAAGUUGAAACGGAAAACGCUUUGCGUAGAACUUCCACUGUUAUUUCCGAGGAAGAAAUGGCUUCAUAUAGACCAAGUUUCCAAAGUAAUAGAAGAAAAUCACAUCAAAGUCAAAGAACCAGACCAGAAAACAUUGCUAAUUCUAUUGUUAAUACAGAAAUUGUCCAUUCUAAUCCCGAUACUUCAGGAGUGACUUUCAGAAACAAACGUUGGAAAGAUGUUUGUGUAGGAGACUUUAUCAGAGUCAGAUCAAAUGAGGAAGUUCCUGCUGAUAUGAUUAUCAUCUCCACCAGUGAUGCCGAAGGUAAUUGUUUUAUUGAAACCAAGAAUUUAGAUGGGGAAACCAAUUUGAAAAUGAAGAAAGCUUUAACUUGUGGAGGUGUUCAACACAUUAGACGUGCUCAUGAUUUAGCUAAUAGUAAAUUCUGGAUUGAAUGUGAUAGUCCUAAUCCUCAUUUAUAUUCAUUCAAAGGUACAAUUCAUUAUGAAAAUUAUGAUGAAUCAGGUGCUUUAGUUAAUAAGGAUGAAAAAGAAAGUAUCACCAAUGACAGUGUAUUAUUGAGAGGGUCAACUUUGAGAAACACUAAAUGGGUUAUUGGGGUUGUUGCUUAUACUGGUAGAGAAACUAAAAUUAUGUUAAAUUCAGGUAUCACUCCAACAAAAGCUUCAAGAAUUUCAAGAGAAUUGAAUUUAUCAGUUUUCAUUAAUUUCGCUUUAUUAUUUAUAUUAUGUCUUGUUUCAGCGGUUAUCAAUGGUAUUUAUUACGAUAAACCUGAUACUUCAAGAGUAUUUUAUGAAUUCGAAGCUUAUGGUUCAACUCCAGCAAUUAAUGCCGUGAUUUGUUUCUUUGUGGUUUUGAUUAUUUAUCAAUCUUUGGUCCCAAUUUCUUUAUAUGUUUCGGUGGAAAUUAUCAAAACUUGUCAAGCAUUUUUCAUCUUUUCUGAUAUUAAAAUGUAUUAUGAUAAGUUAGAUUUCCCUUGUACACCAAAAUCUUGGAAUAUUUCUGAUGAUUUGGGACAAAUUGAAUACGUUUUUAGUGAUAAAACCGGUACUUUGACUCAAAAUGUUAUGGAAUUUAAGAAAUGUACUAUCAAUGGUGUCAGUUAUGGACUUGCUUAUACUGAAGCCAAACAAGGGUUGGAUAAAAGAAAUGGUGUUGAUGUUAUUAAACAGCAAGAACUUUGGAGAACUAAAAUUCAACAAGACAAAGAAUCUAUGAUGAAUGAUAUUUAUCAGUAUGCUAAUAAUGAUCAAUUCAGAGAAAGUAAUUUAACUUUUGUUUCUGGAGCUUAUACUAAAGAUACCUUGAAUCCUGAUAUCAAAGAUGCUGUACAAAAGGAAGCUAAUGAAGAAUUUAUGUUGGCUUUAGCUUUAUGUCACACAGUUAUGACGGAAGCUAACAAUUUGGAUGAGAAAUUAAGAGAUUUCAAAGCUGAAUCUCCCGAUGAAGCUGCUUUGGUUUCUGUUGCAAGAGAUGUUGGUAUAACUUUCAAGGAAAGACAGAGAAAUAGAAUCUUUUUAGACUUUUAUGGUGAAGAAAGAGUUUAUGAAUUAUUGGAAACCAUUCAAUUCACAUCUGCUAGAAAAAGAAUGUCAUCCAUUAUUAAGACUCCCGAAGGAAAAGUUGUUUUAUAUUGUAAAGGUGCCGAUAAUAUUAUUUUCCAAAAAUUAUCUAAAUCUGAUAAUUCCCAAAAUGCCAUUUCCAAAACUGCUUUACAUUUAGAAGAUUACGCCAAAGAAGGUUUAAGAACUUUAUGUAUUACCAGUAAAGAAUUAGAUCCUUAUUAUUUUGAUCAAUGGUUGAAAAAAUAUAUGGACGCUAAAGCUUCUAUUGAUGAUUCAAGAGAACAAAUAAUGAACACUUUAGAAGAUGAAAUUGAAGAUGAUUUGGUUUUACUUGGUGGUACAGCUAUUGAAGAUAGAUUACAAUCAGGGGUUCCUGAUUCUAUUUCCAUUUUAUCUCAAGCAGGUAUUAAAUUAUGGGUUUUAACUGGUGAUAGAAUCGAAACAGCUAUUAAUAUUGGGUUUUCUUGUAAUCUUUUGAACAAUGAUAUGAAAUUAUUGGUUGUAAGACCUGAUGAAAGUAAUCCUGAUGAUUUUGAAUACUUAGAUAAUUUGAUAUCAAAUUAUUUAUCAGAGAACUUCGAAGUUGAUAAUCUUUCAAAUGCCAAUGUUGAUGAAUUAAUCAAAUUAGCUAUUAAGGAUCAUUCAACCCCAACAUCAAACUUGGGAUUAGUCAUCGAUGGUGCUGCUUUAACUCAUGUUUUUCAUCAAGAAUUAGAUGGAUCCAUUGAUGAAAAACAUCAAUACUUGAGAAAGAAGUUCUUGUUAUUAGGAAAACAAUGUAAAUCAGUUAUUUGUUGUAGAGUUUCACCAAGUCAGAAGGCCCAGGUUACCAAAUUAGUCAAAGAACAAUUGAAAGUCAUGACCUUAGCUAUUGGAGAUGGUGCUAAUGAUGUCGCCAUGAUUCAAGCUGCUGAUGUUGGUGUUGGUAUUGCUGGGGAAGAAGGUAGACAAGCUGUUAUGUCAUCAGAUUAUGGAAUUGGUCAAUUCAGAUUCUUAACCAGAUUAUUGUUAGUUCAUGGAAGAUGGUCCUAUAAAAGAUUAGCUGAAAUGGUUCCUUGUUUCUUCUAUAAGAAUGUCUUAUUCACAUUUACUUGUUUCUGGUACGGUAUUUAUAAUGAUUUUGAUGGAUCCUACUUUUACGAGUAUACCUUCUUGAUGUUUUAUAAUUUAGCUUUUACUUCAUUACCAAUCAUUUUCUUAGCUGUUUUUGAUCAAGAUGUUAGUGAUACAGUAUCAUUAAUUGUUCCUCAAUUAUAUAGAUCAGGAAUUUUGAGACAAGAAUGGUCACAAAUCAAGUUCUCAUGGUAUAUGAUUGAUGGAUUUUAUCAAUCGGUUGUUGCUUUCUUCUUUGUAUACUUAACUUAUUAUUUGUCAUUCCAAAACCCUCAAGGGUUAGCUGUCGAUCAUAGAUUUUGGCAAGGAACUGUUUGUGUAAUGAUUUCUGUCACUGCUGCUGAUGUUUAUGUGUUAUUACAACAAUAUAGAUGGGAUUGGCUCAGUUUAAUCAUUUAUGCAUUAUCGAUUUUAAUUGUUUUCUUCUGGACGGGUGUUUGGAGUGCAAGAGUUUAUGCCGGAGAAUUUUAUGGUGCUGGAUCUCAAGUUUUAGGUACUUUAUCAUUAUGGUGUACUUAUUUCAUUGGAACUGUUGUUUGUUUAUUACCAAGAUUCUUUUAUGAUUUCUUACGUAAAAACUUCAAACCAAGAGAUAUUGAUAUUAUCAGAGAGAAAUUCAUUAAAGGUGAUUAUGAUGAAUAUCCUCAUGGUUAUGAUCCUACCAAUGCUGAAGAUGUAGAGAAAUACAGACUUUUGAAGGAAUUAUACCAAGCUGAUCCAGAAGCUAUAGCUAAAUUCGAACAAGAAUUUAUCAAUGAUUCAGAUUCUUCUUCAAGUUCAGAAAGAAAUGACCCUUUCACUAAGACUUUCAAAAGUAUCAGAAGAAGAACUACUAUCUCUAGAUCAAGAAAGAAUACCAUCAAUAAUGAUAUUAGUAAUACUUUCCAAAAACCUAUUGAUUUGAAUAAAUUAAGACUUCAAAUGUUAAAGAAUGGUGAAUUAUCAUCAAAUGGUAAUACUAACUUAUCAAGAAUUAGUACUACUCAUGAAUUACCUGGAUUAACUCAAGCCGAAACUUUAUUGAGUUACCAUACACGGACUAGUAUUAACUUUGAUCAUUAG